AAAUGAAAGAGGAAAGUUGUGCGACGCAGACCAGGAUUCAAGCAACAGAAGGGGAAUUGAGGAUAGCCAGGAUGCAACAUCUUGAGGCUUCUUUUGAUUUAGACGAGCCAGGAAAACAAAUUUUCGAAGUCUUUAAAACCACCGCGAGACUGCAGAUAGUGGCGUGUGAUGAUCAGGACCCUGCGAAUAUAUCUGAUCGUUUCAGGGCGGAGAUUCGACGGUGUUAUAGACGCCCUGACCAGUAACGAGAAGCUGCUCGUCGGCUGUCAUAUUUGUUGCCUUCGUGAGACGAUUUGCAUAAAGAUCUAUGAUUAUGUACUUGAUCAAAGCCUUUCCCCACAGGACUGUGUCAUAGAUUCUAGCUCUCGGAGAUCAAAAUAAGCCUCAACCCUUUUUGCUCUUGCUAACACCCUUCGCCUUUGUUGGACUC